AACCACCACCGCCGCCCGCUCCAGCAGCGCCUUGCUUCCACACCGCCAUCUGCAGCCUCUCCUUUCGGCGCUCUGCUCGCUCCACCGGCCUCGCACCUGGCACUCGCGGCUGCCGUCUGCGCUGCUUGCGUCUUCUGCCAGCGCCGCUCCCGCAUCUCUGCAGCCAUGAGUCGUUCCUCGCAAAUCUACUCGCAGCCCUCCCUCACCGGCAGCGGCGCCACUUCCACCACGCGCCUCAUCCUCGCACUCGAGGCACUCAAGGCCGAGAAGAACCCCGUGCGCCUCGAGGACUUUGCGAUCCGCAACUCGCUCGAGUUCCUGCUCGAUGAGAACGACGAGACGAGGAGGAGACUGGAGGCGCAUGAGAGAGUGGAGCGCGGCGAAAAGACGGGCCUGUGGAGCUAUCGCCCGGACUUCGACGUCAAGUCGCCCUCCGAGCUGCUCACUCUUCUGCGUUCACGCGCCGUCUCCUCGCGGCCCGGCGCGCCCAACGCCGCGGGGAUGAAGCUGGCGGAGCUGCGCGAGAGCUACCCUUUGGCGCGGCAGGUGAUCGAAGAGUGGGCGGGCAAGGGCAUGGAGCGCGAAGUGCUCGUGCUGCGGAAGCAGGACGGCACGGCAAAGAUGGUGUACUGGAACGAGGAGAAGGGAGUGGGGAAUGUCGAUGAUGAGUUCAAGACGCUCUGGCACGCCCAGACGAUUCCCGAUGCCGUCGAUCUGCCGCGCGAGCUGGCCGCCGAAGGACUGCGUACGAUCCAGACGCACAUCGACCCCGAGGCGGAGGAGAAGCGCGCAAAGGCGGCGCUUGCGGCUAGAGGCGGCAAGGGAGGCAGAGGAAGGGGCAAAGGAAGAAAGGUGCGCGUGCAGAACACGCAUCUGGAGGGCGUCGACUUGAGCAGGGACUUUGUGAGCGGCAAGUGAGAGGGAGGGAGACAAUGACAAACGCGAUACCCCCUUCACUGGUGCGGCUGUCGCUUCUCCUGCCUGGUCACUGCUGCUGUGGCGCUGCGUUCCUGCUGCAGGCGCGCCUUUCACGUCGCCAACCUCGACCGCAUCCGCACGCACAGCCUUGCAGCUCCAG